AUGGCUGCGCCCUCAGAGCAAAGAAUCGCGGUUCCCAUCGACGACCCCAACGCGGAUACCGAAUGGAAUGACAUUCUGCGCAAGCAUGGCGUUAUCCCCGAGAAGCCCCCUAGUCCGACUCCCAUGAUCGAAGAGGCCUUCCUUGAGGCCCGCAGACUAGCACACGAAAACCGACUUGAGGGAAAAGACCUGGACGAGCUCGACGAGCUCGAGGACGACGAGGAUGAUGCCUUUCUGGAACAGUAUCGCCAGAAGCGCAUGGCCGAGCUGAGCAAUCUGCAAAAGAAGUCCAUCCACGGCUCCGUAUACCCCGUAUCCAAGCCAGAAUAUCAGCGUGAAAUCACAGAAGCUUCCAACAACGGCCCCGUCUUCGUCAACCUCACGUCCGCUGCGGGGAAUCUGGAAUCAAGGAUCCUGUCUGAGCUCUGGAGGCAAGCUGCCAAAGAGUAUGGCGACAUCAAGUUCUGCGAGAUUCGGGCGAACCAGGCCAUCGAGAACUACCCAGACCGAAACUGCCCUACCAUCUUAGUCUACAACAAGGGGGAUAUUGUCAAGCAGAUUGUGACUCUCAUGACCCUAGGAGGCACCCGAACCAACAUGCGACACAUUGACGACCUACUGGUUGAGGUUGGCGCCGUGCCCGACUCUGACCUGCGAGUUGUCAAGAGGAGGAGAGCAGCGGAGGAUGCGGAAGAAGAGCGACUAGCCGGCAAGAGUAUCAAGUCGAGCAAUAUCGGCAGAGGGCAGGACGAUGACGAUGACGAUUGGGAUUGA